AUGACCUCCCCUAGCAGCCCAAGCAUCCAUCAGCAUCGCAACUCACUGUCGUCAUGGCUGAACGGAAGCCGACAUCUGGCCUCGCGAGCUUCCACUCGGGCGAGUAUGUCCAUGAAAAGAUCCUCGACUAUGCCAUUGAAGAUCAGCGCACCUUCAGAUUUUCGCAGAGUACAAUCAUUCCAGUCACCAGGAUUCCAUGGGUCAGAGACCCUGCAGACCCCUGCCUCGAUUAAAUAUCAACCACUGGAUCUCCGUAUACAUCGAUCAGGUAAUCGACUAUCGGAAUUACCUUCCUUCGACUCUUUCCAGCUGAACGAAAGCCCCCAGCGCAUGACGCUGCCGGCCCCACCUCGUGCCCUAACCACCUCCACCAGCGUUCGAGAUCGCCGCUGUCAAACGACAGUCGUGGUUUCCCGCAAACCAGUCGGAUCGCAAAAGCGCCGCUCGCUAGGGAAUUCCCUGUCCAUGGAAAACCCCGUUCGAAUCACCAGCAGCUUGGUUCCGCAUUUCUCUACGGUCACCCCUGUCGAGAUUCCAAUCCAACUGGCUCCAGCAACUUCUCCAAUUCAUCGCGAGUCGAAGCUAAGAAGCAGUGAGCUGACCUUGAGCACACCAUUGUCAAAUCAGGUAGACUAUAGUCAACCCUGGGCAAGAGUUCCUGAAACACCACCUGCAUCGAAGAGUCUAGUCACAGACUCGGCGAGCACCUCGCCCUCGAACUACUCACCAGUGUCCAAGGACACACCUUCGUCCGCCAGCUCUCGAACGAUGCCAUCGAGACUAUCUUCACUCCGCCAUCCCUCCAUCCCCAACUAUGAUAGCCGACCCGCAAUCCCUUCAACUCCACCCUCUUUAUCCAACCGCGUCACCCAGUGGAUGUUCCCUACAGACAUGUCCACAAAGCAGAUCUCCCCGCCCGAAGACAAUUUCAACUGGGAGCGAACUCGCACGCUUAGUGGCACGACCGUCGCAUCGGCUUCGACUGUCACUGGUGCCAGAGCUCGGAACAACAGUUCCAUCUCGAGUCUCUUUUCAAGUGCCAUCACACCGCGCACAUCGUUCUCAUUUCAUCAUUCACCUGCAACAGAGAAAGAUCUGGAGUCUGGUCUUUGUCACCCAACUAUAUUUGAGGGACAGCAGCAAGAUCUUCCUCUGUGUGCAUACCCGACCAAUGAUCACACGCGCUUCCGUGAGUCUGAUAUCGGCUUGGCGUUUUGA